GGCAACACAUAUUCCAAAGCUAGGGAGAUCUUGAUGAGGGACUGAUGCUGGGGGUGGGGCACAGGGUUAGGAAUUAUUAGGUGAUUUGGUUAAAAAGCAGAGCCUGCCCUGCUGUGUGUGUAGUGAGAGAGCGACAGUUUGAGGUUCAAAGAGGAAACGUGUAUUUAACUGUGUCAUCAUGAAGUCAUCGCUGAGUGGUUCGGGUCAGUCGGUCGGUUACCAGUCGACAGGGUCCAUCCAUCCAGCGGACAGCGGUGCGGUCAACAUGGCGGACGUCUUGGAGAGUGGCAGGGCGGGUGCAGGCUCUGUAGUAGGAGCGGGCAGCGUGGAUUGGCAGAAGCGUUGCGUUGCCCUGGAGAUGCAGCUGCUCAGGUUCCGUCUGCAGGCGGGGAAGAUCCGAGAGCUGCUGGCCGAGAAGAUGCAGGAGCUGGAGCUGAGGGUGACAGAGUCUGACCAAAGGGCUGAGAGCGCUGAGAAACAGGUCCAUGUCAUGGAAGAGAAGCUGAAAUCUGCAAACAUACAACCCAGCGAAUCAGAGAACUUGUUGUACAGAAGGUACCAGGACCUGACCAAUCAGGUGCAGGAGAAAGAUGCAGUGAUAAAGAGAUUAGAGGUGCAGCUGGAAAAACAGAUCUUAGUCAGAGCCCAGGAGGCUAAGAUUAUUGAGGAGAAGGCUGCUAAAAUCAAAGACUGGGUUACGUUUAAGCUACGAGAGAUGGAGAUUGAGAACCAGCAGCUGAAGAUGUCUAACCUGAAGCAGGCAGAACAGAUUAUGAUGCUGCAGGACAAACUGCAAGCUCUCCUGGAGAAGCAUUCAUCUCCCCUACCCCCCACCUCUCCAUCCACAGACACCCACCAAGUACCCUCUACCCCUCUGUACCACCCAUGCUGUCCUGGGACCCCGCCUGCCCAGGAGGAGACAGGCUGGGGGAUACAGACAUGUCCAGGGGACAGAGCAGAGCAGCCCUGUAAACCCAGAGGGGACAGAGGAGACGCAACAGGCCACGGCACUGUGACAGUAACCCUGCCAGACACUCCCUCUCUGGGCAGCAGGGGCAGGGAGGCUGGGGCUGGACCUGGUAGUCCUGUUCCAACCACUGGAGGUCAGGACCAACCAGAAGGUGGCGCUACUCCCAGAGAUCACUCCUCGGACGAGCUCAACAGCAGGUUCCGCUCCCAACGUCUCCACUCCUCCUCCUCUUCCUCUUCCUCCUCCUCAUCUUCCUCCGCCUGUGAAACAACCCACGGGGGUCCCAGGACCCCUGAUAUCCCUACAUCCACCUCCACCCCCAAAAACCCUCUCCUCUGCCGCUCUCCAUCUAACUCCCAUCCCUUCCAGGCCCACACCCAGCCCCUGGCACUACCCUCCCAUACUGGGACCAGCAUGACCCUACCCAAGGUGCGGACGCCUCUGACCCCCCGAGACAGCAUCCAGCUGGUGAAGAAACACUACAGUCAGCCCCAGCCUGGAGGUCUGGACUGGCUGCACCACCUCAAUGUCCCCAGAGACAUCAUGACUGCCUCCAGCACCCAGGGCCCUGCGUCUCCCUCCACCUGCAGUCACUUCCUGCAGGGCCCUGCGUCUCCCUCCACCUGCAGUCACUUCCUGCAGGGCCCUGCGUCUCCCUCCACCUGCAGUCACUUCCUGCAGGGCCCUGUGUCUCCCUCCACCUGCAGUCACUUCCUGCAGGGCCCUGCGUCUCCCUCCACCUGCAGUCACUUCCUGCAGGGCCCUGUGUCUCCCUCCACCUGCAGUCACUUCCUGCAGGGCCCUGCGUCUCCCUCCACUUGCAGUCAUGUCCUGGUGGAGACAGAUAUAGAUGACGGGCUGCCUGACGGUAUGGAGGGGGUGGUAGAGGAGGCCGGGGCAGAUGGUCCUCCCCAGGAAGGUGUGUCGUUUGUUGGGUUGGCUGAGGAUCUGGAACUGCUGGAUCGGGAGGUCCUGAAACCCCCCACCCCGCCUCUGCACCGCUUCCCCUCCUGGGAGAGCCGUAUCUAUGCGGUGGCCAAGUCAGGGAUGACAGUAUCAGAGGUGACCGCAGGAGCCAGAGGUCCUGGUCCAGGAUCCAGUUUACCACAGUACCCCGCUGCAGGACCAUUUACUCACCUGAUUUACAGGAACAUCACUGUGCCAGUGUAUACCACCCUGAAAGGGAAAGCCACUCAGAUCAGCAGUGUGCCCCUGCAUGAAGAUGACUCUGGUUCGGAGGAUGACAGUGGCUCUCUGGCCAGCCUCAGGACCUCCACCCUGGGCCCAGACAGGAAGGGCAGCACCCCCGGGAGCCCCCGCGCCGUCAAGAGGGGUGUGUCCAUGUCUUCCAUCAGCUCUGAAAGUGACUAUGCCAUCCCUCCUGAUGCCUACUCCCUGGACUCUGACUACUCUGAGCCAGAACACAAAGUCCAGAGAACAUCCUCAUACUCCUGUGAGAGCCUGCGAGAGCCUGAGAUGCUGGAGAAGUCAGGCUACCUGCUGAAGAUGGGCAGUCAGGUUAAAGCCUGGAAGAGACGCUGGUUCAUCCUGAGGAAUGGAGAGAUCUUCUACUACAAGUCUCCAAGCGAUGUGAUACGGAAGCCUCAGGGUCAGAUGGAGCUGAACUCUUCCUGUCGGAUCGCCCGUGGAGAAGGAGCACAGACCUUCCAGUUGAUAACAGAGAAGAAGACAUUCUUCCUGACGGCUGACUCUCCCAACAUCUUGGAGGAGUGGAUCAGAGUUCUACAGAACAUCCUCAAGGUCCAGGCCAGCAGCCACGUCGCCAUGGAGACCACCGCCGUCAAACCCACCGUGAGGGGCUGGCUCACUAAGGUGAAGCAUGGCCACUCUAAGCUGGUGUGGUGCUCUCUGGUCGGCAAGGUGUUCUAUUAUUACAGAAACCAGGAUGACAAGCUCCCCCUAGGCCAGCUGCGGAUGCGUGAGGCGGUGGUGAAGGAGGUGGACAGGUCAUGUGACUCGGACGAGGACUACGAAGCCGGUGGGCGUGGCUUCUUGUCAUCUCACUGUACCCUAGUGGUCCACCCCAGAGAGCAGAGCCCCACCUACCUGCUCAUAGGCACCAAGCAAGAGAAGGACACCUGGCUGUACCACCUGACAGUCGCGGCAGGCAGCAGUGCCAGCUUCAAGGUGGGCACAGAGUACGAGCAGCUGGUCGGGAACCUCCUAGACGUAGAGGGAGAUCCAGACUCUGCGUUGUGGAGGAGUGAGGCUCUAUGUUUCUGUAAAGAGGGCCUGCGCUCCCCUCUCACCACUCUACCAUCUGAAGCUCUGCAGACUGAAGCCCUCAAACUCUUCAAGUCCUGUCAGCUGUUCAUCAACGUGCUGGUGGAGUCUCCCUCCAUCGACUACCACAUGUCCCUGGCCCAGAAUGCAUUGCAGGUGUGUCUGACGCACCCAGAGCUCCAGAACGAGAUGUACUGUCAGUUGAUUAAACAGACCAACCGCCGCACACCACACAACUCCUCCCUCACUCAGUGCUGGCAGCUGUUGGCUGUGUGUGUGGCUCUGUUUCUGCCUCAGCAACACUUCCUGUGGUACCUCAGACAGUAUCUGCAGCGUCAUGCAGACCCCAGGAGUGAGGUGGGGAAGUAUGCUGUGUACUGUCAGAGGUCUGUGGAGCGUACCCUACAGAACGGAGAGAGAGAGGCAAAACCAUCACGUAUGGAGAUCCUGUCUAUCCUACUGAGGAACCCUUACCACCACUCACUACCCUUCAGCAUCCCUGUCCACUUCAAGAACAUCACCUACCAGGUGGUAGGUUUCGAUGGCUCCACCACAGUAGAAGAGUUCCUGAGCACCCUAAACCAGAGGGUGGGCAUGAGAAAACCACACCUGUCAGGUUUUGCUCUCUUCACUGACGACCCCUCGGGGAAUGACCUGGAGCACUGCCUGCAGCCCAGCGUCAAAAUCUGUGAUGUCAUUUCCAAGUGGGAACAAGCCCUGAAAGAACUGCAUCCUGGAAAAUACGAGGGCACACGCAUCGUCCGUCUGACGUACAGGAGCAGGUUGUCUUUCCGGGCCCAGGCUAAAGGAGAGACGGAGCGUGAGCGCCUCCUGCUGGCCUACCAGGUGAAUGACGAGGUCCACCAGGGGCACUUCCCUGUCAACAAGGAGCUGGCUCUGGAGGUGGCUGCUCUCAUGGCACAGGUGGAGCAUGGUGAUCUGGACCGUCCAGCCCCUUCCUCCUCCACUAGCUGCAGCUCUCCUCAGCCCAAAACCCAACAAAUCCUCCUACAGGCCCUGGAACGCUUCUACCCCAAGCGCUACAAACAAGACUGCAGCAUUGACCAGCUCAGAGAUCUAUCGGAGCGUCUGGCCACUAAGUGGUCAGUCCUGCGCGGCUGCAGUGCCUCAGAGUGUGUCAGAAUCUACCUGACCGUCACUAGGAAGUGGCCGUUGUUUGGUGCCAAGCUAUUCCAUGCUAAGCCUUUACCCCCCUCGUCUGUAGAGCAGUCCCAGGUCUGGCUAGCUGUCAACGAGGAUGGACUGUGUGUGCUUGACUAUACCAUGCACCUUCUGGUCACGUAUUCCUACCAAUCAGUGAUCACCUUUGGCGGUUGCCGUGACGACCUGAUGGUGGUGGUGAGCCAGACCAAAGAGCAGGGUGGAGGGAAGAAGAGUGUGGAGAAACUGGUCUUCUCUAUGGCUAAACCCAAGAUCUUGGAGUUGACUCUGUUGAUGGCCAGCUACAUUAACUACUGGACGCCCAGCCUCCCUGGCCCCCCUAUAGCCCAGCACCAGUCCCCAGGACCAGGCUCCCCUCUGGAGCCCCGCGGGGCCGGGACAGGGGCUGCGAAGAUGUGGAACCUGGACAGCAGACACUUCCCCUCCAUGACUUACACCACCAAGGGACCCACUCUACUGUGAAUAUGUCAAACUUCUUCUAUGUUACUCUCAUCCCCUCUAGCCUGAAGUGGAUUCUGUUCCAUAUACACAGGACAUUUCAUUUCUGAAGAUAGUUUUUAAAAACCGUUUAGCCUUGAAAAAGGAUCGAUACAUACCCUAUUUCUUGACCUUGGCUGUCUGGUCGUUAUCCACACAGUGAGAAAUAACCUCAGUAUCUGGCAGCUUCUCCCUUCAGCCUCAACUCUUCCCCGCCACUCGUCUCUUCCAGAUACAGCUGUGUCCCAAAUGGCACCCUAUUCCCUUUAUAGUGCACUACUUUAGACCAGGGCCCUGUGGGAAUAGGGUGCCAUUUCACAUACCCUCUGUCUUUUUUAAAGGGAAAAAAAGCUGUUAAAAAAGGAAAGACUUGAUUUUCUUCUGGCUCUUUGGUACCUAAUAUGGAGCUAGGAAGAUUUACGUAUUCCUUAAACUAAGGAGGCUUGAAGUGGCGUUAACCUCUACGGGAUCGGUGUCCCGUAUACAGGACGGUUGAGCUAAUGUGCGCUAAUGUGAUUAGU